AUGAGAAAGCAAGAGCUUGUCAAGAUAUGCACAUCUGCAAACAAACACAUUCACGUCCUCGAGUUAAUGGGCUCUAAUCAUCUUUCUUUGACUUGGGUUCUUCUAGUUUUCUUGGCAUUACCCACAAAAUUUGCGAUCCAAGCUCAAGGAAUUAAGUCCACAAGACUCCUCGACCUUGCAAUUCGAUAUUACACGUUCAAGUCGUACAAGAACUUCAAAACAGGCAUGUCAUACAACGUUCAUUUGCCAUCAAAUCUAACAGGUGUUAAUGUGAGCACUGUGAAGUAUCGUUGUGGAAGCCUCAAAAGGAUACAAAUGUGUGCAACAUUUGGAGACGAUGGUAAGGUGACACUUGAAAAAGAGGUUGCGCCAAACAUUUGUGGCACCAGGAGCCAAGGCCAUUUUGGGUUGGUGGUAGAAUCACCAAUAUUAUUGCCGGAGAGGAAGAAGAUAAAGCGGUGGAAGGUGGUGUUUGGAAGCUCAUUUGGGGCAGGGAUUGGGGCUUUUCUUUUGGGGUUACUAUUGGUAGCCAUGUUUGUGAAAGUGAAGAAGAAAGCUAGAUUGGAAGAGUUGGAAAGAAGGGCAUAUGAAGAGGAAGCGCUUCAAGUUUCCAUGGCUGGACAUGUGAUUCGAACUCAUAAUGUUUAG